AUGAAAAGAGAUUACAUACUUAUUCAACAACUUAAAAAAAUUUAUAAUAAUCUUCCAAAUUCUAAAUUGUAUAAUAGUUAUGAUACUAGUAGAAUUAAAUAUAUAGAUAUUCAACCUAUUUCUAUGGAAAAAAUCGAAGUUAUAGAAUUAGAUGAAAACCCACAAAAUAAUGAAACAGAAAUCUUAUUAGAUCAAUCUCCUUUUACUUCUCAAAAUAAUCCAAUAAAAAGCACAGUAUCAGAUUUAUUAUUACUUCAACCACCAUCAUACAUCACAAAUAAUACAAAAACAUUAACUAAUCAAUUAACAUCAACAAAUAGUAUUAUUCAUAAUAUUGCUUCAAAACCACCUCUUCCUAUAAAUGGAAAUAUUAUUCCACCUCCAUCAAUCAACCCAAUAUUAAAAAUUAGAAAAAGUGAUUCAAGAAUGAAACAACUAAAGUUUAAUAUACAACAACCAAACAUAAAUACUGUUAAAAGAGAUUCUGAUAUUCCACCUCAAAUUAUAAGACAACCACCAAAAAAAUCUAAUGUAUUUAAUAUUGAUUUAAGUUUAAUACAAGAAAAACCAAUAAUUAUUGAUGAUGAUGAUGAUGAUUCUUUUAUUCAAAUCAAUGAUAAAGGAGAAGAAGUCAUUGAUUUAUCAGCAAUUGAUCAAAUUAGUCAAGAUGAUGAUACUAAAACAAAAGAUUUAAUUAAAAUUCUUGAAACUGAAGUUCAUAAUUAUUCAACAAUUCAUUAA